AUGUCGCAGCAGAGGUCACUGUUUGUCUGUCUGAAAAGCAGAGAACCACGUGGAAGGGACCUGAAGAGGAACAAAAAGAACAGCCCCGCCUUCGAAAGAGAAGCUCCUGUCUGCUCCUCCCUUUACAUCCUCCAGUCUCCUUCCUCCAUACAAACACACACACUCCCCUCCACCUCCUCCUCUCCUUUAUUAGCUCCCACGGCCUCACAGCAGCCUCACUUAUCAUUUCCACUCAGAGCGUCCACCCUCCCUCCCGCAAUGGAUCUUCACAUCCCGGCACACUCCCGCCUCAUGGCCCAGGAGAAACAACAGAUGCUGGAACUCAACCGCCGCUUGCAGAGUUACCUGGGACGGGUCAAGCUCCUGGAGGAGGAGAACUCACAGCUAGCCCAGGAGAUCAAAGCCCUGCGACACGGACACCACGGUGGAGCCGUGAAAGAGAGGAACUUGAAGAUAGAUCUCCAUCGGGCUAGAGAGGAGCUGGAAGAAGUCUGGAGACAGAGGGCCUACGCUCAGAUGGAGGUCUGCAGGCUGAACGAGGAGAUGGAGAUAGUGAAGUGGCACUGGCAGAAGGAGGUCCGGGCUCGAGAGGAGAUUGGGUCGAAGAUGGAGCUGAGCAGGAAGGAGCUGGAAGAGGAGCUCGGCGCUCAUAUGUGGCUCAGGGACAGGAUCAACCAGCUAGAACAAGAAAUGGACCACCUGCUUCACACCCACGAGCAGGACGUGGCCCACCUGAAUGCCACUCUGAUCCAAUCUGCGCCACCUUGCUUUACCCCGAUGCCCGACCUGCAUCAGCUGGAGCAGGAGCUUAGCCAGCGGGCCUCCAUGGCCUGGCAGGAGACGGCAGAAGCCUACCAGGCCCAGCUGGACCAACUCCAAGAGAGUCUGAAGGAAACAACAACCCGUUUGGACCAGACAGAGCGUCACAAGAACGAGUACACAGUCCAGCUGAACGCCCUGGAGAGAGAGCGGAUCUGUGAAGUGGACGUUAGGAGGCAACUGGAGGAGACCGCGGAGCAACAAAGGGAAGAACACAGGCAGCAUGUGCAUGCACUUCAGGAGCACCUGGAUGACCUGGAGAAUGAGAAGCAGCAUCUAGGUCAGAAGUUGGAGCUUCUCCUGCAGGAGAACCGAGGGUUGCUUCAGCAGAAGAUGUCAAUGGGCCUGGAGGUAGUCACCUACAGUGUGAUCGAGUCACUCCGAUCCAAACUGGAUCAUCUCCAGCUGAGGAACAUUCUAGGCCGCAGCUGUUUGGGCCUCAAAGUCACGUCCUUGAAGCGGCGGCCCGAGUUAUCCCGCCUGACGGAACCGCUGACCUCACGCCAUUGCGGAGCACUCAAAGCUCUGCUGGACAGUGAGAGCCUGCGGCGGAACGACGUCGCUCUAAUGAAAGACUCCAGAAAUAUUUCCUUUAAAGACAUGUCAGUGAAGCCUUUACGAGGGAAUUACCAGCGACCCGCUCGCCGUGAGAACGCCACGUCAGUCUGGAGACCACAGACUACUUCUACGACACCUUUGAGGAGCAAGUUCAUAACCGUCAACCAAGUUCAGAGAGAUGAAGUUAAAACAACGAAUGUGGACAAACAACCUUAUCCUAAAAUAGUACAAAAUGGAGCUGUUGAGGAGUUCCGAGCGCAAGAAGUGGAUGAGAAAGUGACAUACGCAGAACCUUUGUCUUCUCCAAGUCAGGAGGAACCUGAAGAACGUCCUGCUGAAGUUGUUGAAGAGGAAAAUAGUGGGAAAAGUGUGGAAACAGUAGUCCAUUCAGGAGCUCCACCAAGUGAAGAACUAGGGUCAUUGAUCAUAGAAAGCAAGAAUAAGAUAAAUCAGAGCCAAUCAAGCACCCAGGAACCAAAAUUAGAACUUCUGGGAAUCAGGGAAGAAAACUUUGGUUCUUCAGAUGGGUUUGAUCAAGAGUUGCCAAGUGUUCCAGUUGAGGAAAAAGCAGUGGUUGACUUUCAACUAAGAUUAGGAGCUCCAAAAAGUGAAGAUCUAGGGUCACUUAUCAUAGAAGACAAAAAUGAGAUAAAUCAGAGCAAAUUGGGCACCCAGGAACCAAAAUCAGAACUUCUAGGAAUCACAGAAGAUAUAGUCAGUUCCUCAGUUGACUGGGAUCAAGAAUCAUCAGGUGUUCCAGUGGAGAAAAAAGCAGAGUUUGACCUUCAACUACAGUUUGGAGCACCUCCACUCAUGAAGGACAUUGCUCAAUCCCAAUCUGGCCUGCAAGAACUGACAUCAGACCUUCCAAAUACGAGCGAAGAAACCUUCAGUUCCUCUGCUGGGUAUGAUCAAGAACAGUCGCCAAGUGUUCUGGUGGCGCAAAAAGCAGCUGUCAACUUUCAACUACAGUCAGAAGCUCCGCCACCGAUUACGGAGACCGAUCGGCAACCAUUGGGCACCCAGGAACCAAAACCUGAAUUCAUGGAGACUUUCAUUAACACGACAAGUAUUCCGAGUGAGGCGUGGCUGGAGAAUGACAUGCAGGAGGAAAUGUCAAGUUCUGGAACAGAAGCAUUACUGGAAGCCACCCCAGAAUCCAGAACCGGCAGUUCGUCUUCCCAGUGUGAUGUGACUGAGAUCGGGCAGGAAAUAAACUACUCCACUUUGGGAACGACCAUGACGGAAGCAGUGGAUGUCUUGUAUCCGGAUGGUGAAGAGAUGGACACAUGGGACAGCGUGAUAGAAAAGAAAGUCCAAGUUGAGUCCAGUGAACCUCAAAUAGAAGUGGAAAGACAAUACGCGGAACCAGAGGAGGACAUCUCAACAAGAAGGUCUGAAAUGAGUCGCAAAGAAAUAAAAAAGGAAGAAGACCAAGCUUGGCGUCACUGUCAAGAACAUCCACCACCUCAUGAUGAUGAAGACUUUAACGACGAGGAUGAGGACUCCCAAAAUGUCUCGGUAUCGUGGAGGACGGAAUUAGAGAGCGAUAGUUAUGCUCAAGAGAACACGCUAGCAGACACACGACCGCUAAUCCGCUACACCAGUGAUGAAACGGAUGCAAACACGUUAGCCUCACAUGUGGAUGAGAGUGACAUCAGUGACGGUGAGCACGACGGGAAGACUGGAGAGACGGUUGGACCUGGUUGGAGUGAGAGCAAGGCAAAGAACUUUGGAACCAUGGAGGAUCUUUGUGAGGAAGUAGAAGAAGAGGUGCUAGAAUCAUCAUCUGGACUGAAGAAAGUGAGUGGGGUCCAUUUAGAAGAUCUACCAACCGAUGCGGAAGACGUGGAGCUUGAGACGGACAGACUUGUGGAGCAGGAAUUGGAGAACCUCUCCACAGACGGAUACGCGUCCCACUUUGCUCAAGCGCUGGCCAAUGAGAGGAAAGUUCUGCUGUCUGAAGAUGAUGAGGAGGAUCCUGAAUUGUUGACGAUGGUACAAAAAGUAAUUGCAGAAUCUGAUGUCCAAGUUGAGCGCAAGAAGGUCUUUCUGGAUUAUGUGCAGUGUGAGAGAGGGCAAGAGGUGGAAAAGGAGGAAGAAGUCAAGGAUGAAAUAAGAACGUUGGAAGGAGUCAUGAAAUCAGACAUUGAAGUGGAACGCGACCAGGAAUUUAAGGAAUCUGUGCAGCCUAAGGAAGAGGUGGAAGAGAAGGUCCAAGAUGAUAAAGAAGUCAUAAUUGAAUCUGCAAAUACAGAUGAAGAAGUGGAACAAAACCUGGAUUUGAUGGAACCUCAUUUGGACACUGUGGAUGAUGUGGAGAAGAUCCCAGAUGAAAUAAAAAGUAUAGAACAAGAAGAGCUCAACGAAGAAAACUUUUAUACAGAUCCUGAUGUCCAAGAAGAAGACAAUCUCAAAUUUGACGCCACCAUCCCGCCUCAUUCGGACACACCAGAUUAUAAAACAAAGAAAAUGGUGGGAGUAAAUCUAAAAUCACACAUGGAUUCUGAUCUCCAAACAAAAGACAACCUGGACCCUACGGAUUUUGGUCAGCUUCAGUUGGGCUCAAUGGAUGAUAAUCUGGAGAAGGUCAAGGAAGGACUGUUGAAACAAGAAGAGGUACAGGACAUGCACCUGCUCUCCUGCACUGAAUCUGAUCUCCAGGUGGAAAGCAAUCUGGAGCUGCAACCUCAGUUGGACACUCCAGAUUACGAGACAAAGAAGGUGGAAGUAAAUCUAAAAUCACACAUGGAUUCUGAUCUCCAAGCAAAAGACAACCUGGACCCCAUGGAUUUUGGUCAGCUUCAGUUGGACUCAACGGAUGAUAAUCUAGAGGAGGUCCAGGAAGGACUGUUGAAACAAGAAGAGGCACAGGAAGUGCACCUGUUGUCCUGCACUGAAUCUGAUCUCCAGGUGGAAAGCAAUCUGGAGCUCCAGCUUCAGUCUGACUCUCUAGAUGAUGACUCAUUGGAAGUUAUGAAGGAGAAAGAGGUCCAAGAUGAAAUGAUGACCACGGAACAAGAAGAAGCUGAUGAAGUCAACUCGCCAUCGUACACUGAUCUUGAUGUCCAAGUAGAAGACCUCAGAGAUUUCGUCCUACCUCAGGUGGACUCUCCGGAUGAUGAUCUCAGCAAGGUCCAGGAUGAAAUAUUGACUCAAGAAGAAGCACAGAAAGUUUACCUGUUGUCCUGCGAGGAAUCUGAGGUCCAAGAGAAACCCAAUCCUAACAUGCGGCCUCAGUCGGGCUCUCCAGAUAACAAGAAGAAAGACGAAGAUGAAUUAAUGACCGUGGGACAAGAAGAGACUAACAGAGUGAACUUGCCAUCCUGGACGGACCAUGUUGUCCAAGUAGAAGGAAAUCUUGACCUUGGAGCUCCUGUCCAGCCUCCAUUGGACUCUCUAGAUGUAAUUUUGACACAAGAAGUUGCCCCAAAGGUGAGCUUACCAGUCUGUAUAGAUGCUGAUGUCCAAUUUGAAGAAAAUCUAGAUGUCAGGGAUAUAAUUCGACCUCAGUUGGAGUCUCCGGAUGAUGAAAGAGUUAAAGACGGUUCAGAGUCUCCAGAGAAACAAGAGCUUGAUGUUUCAAUGGUGACUCAUGUGAGUGAGAGCUUUAGUGAGUUCCUCAGUGGGCCUUGCCUGGAAGAAGAACAAAAGCAUAUGGAGAUGCAACAGUCUGAACCUCAAAAUAAAGGUCUCCUCCAUCUGGAAGAAGAAUGGGCUGUCCUGGAGAACACCAUAGAAGAUGUUGAUGUUCAAUAUUCAGAAACCGAAGAAGAAUCUGUUGAUAGUCAAGUUGGCGAAGAAAGAGGUGAUGUCAAGGGUGCCGCCACAAUCGAAGAGGGACCUGUCAAGAUCUCCUUGAAAGAAACUGUCAUCUUUCCAGAGGAGGACUCCUCAACGAAAUUCCACCAAAGCAACGGCAAACACAAACGAGAUUUCUGGGCUUCGUCUUUGGAAGCGGCCGCUUACGGUUCAGACGUCAUCGCCACGGAAACAUCUGAGAUUCACGACGUGGAGUUCGGAGCAGAGCUUGACUGGGGGAAGGCUGUCAAUGGGAGUUCCGCCCACACAGGCACCGUCACAAAGGUGCAUUCUGAAGAUCUGGAAAUUAAGGGAGAACCCUGGUCUUCAGGGAAUGACUAA